GCAGCCUAACAUCGCUGACUCCGGUCCACACGCUGACAAAACGGAUUUGUAGGACUUUUCUCCUGCAUCACUUCCUUCUUACGAGCAGUGUGUUGUCAGACGGGGAGGCGUGAGGAGCCCACUUCUCCGUCCCUCCACGCUGCUCAGGAGCCAUGGCGGAUCGGACCCGGAGGAGGAACCAGCAGCGCGAGCUCGGCCACGGCAGCGAGUCAAAGCAGGAAGGAUCCGCGUUACCUGCAGCUCGAGCCCAGCUGUUACUGGCGGGAAACAAUGCUGGCGGAGCGUAAAGGCGUCCGCAAGUCUUCCGCUCGUGCUGCAGAUGGCCGGUUCAACUUUUCACUAACUGGCAUUUCGCUCAUGUGGACGGGCUCCAGUUUGUUCUUUUGCUGACUUCCCGGACGUGCGUCCCGCAGCGCACAUCCCACUCGGGCAGCGAAUCUUGCGCACCGUCCCGCCGCGGCUCGCGCAGCGCCCCUUUAAUACUUCAAAGCCGACCCGCAGAGGUUAACAUGGGGGCAAAGCAGAGCAGCCCGAGCGCUAAUCCGGCGGCCAACGGACGGACCAGAGCCUACUCCGGCUCGGACCUGCCGUCCAGCACGUCCGGCAGUAACGGCAGUAACGCCGGCAGGAGCAGCGCCGGGGGCGCGAGGUACCGCGCGCACGGCGCGUCCGGAGCCUCCGCAGCGUCGGCCAGCGGCAGCGUGCACGGAGCGAGGGCCCGCUCCGUGGGCGACUCGGGGGGCUCCAGGACUAGACCCCAGACCGGCAUCAACAUACCGAACAACGGCGGAGCCUACAGCUCCCCGGAGUCCGGCGGCAGCAGCCCCGAGGAGGCGGCGGACCGCGGGCGAGCGCGCAGAGGGCACGAGGGUCCGCGGCUGCUCAUAGGGUCGCUGCCCGCCCACCUCUCGCCUCAUCUGUUCGGAGGCUUCAAGUGCCCAGUGUGCUCCAAGUUUGUGACUUCGGAUGAGAUGGACCUUCACCUGGUCCUGUGCUUAACCAAGCCCAGAGUGACGUACAACGAGGAUGUCCUAACUAAGGAUGCAGGAGAAUGCGCAAUCUGCCUGGAGGACCUGGUGCAGGGAGACACCAUCGCUCGACUGCCCUGCCUCUGCAUCUACCAUAAAGGCUGCAUCGACGAGUGGUUUGAAGUGAACCGAUCGUGUCCAGAGCAUCCAUCAGAUUAAAGCUUCUUUUGCACAGGGACCCGUGACGACAAAGUGUGGAUCCGGGGAGACUGCUGGACAAUAUGACCACUGUGAUGACCCCCACCCCUUCCAUCCAAUAAUGUAGUACCACGGUGUGCCAAAUCUGAUUGAAGCAAUCCUCAGGGAUACAGACUUUCUCUUUAUGUUUGAGUUGCACAUCCACCCUGGGACCGCUCCCACUCAUGCUACGGCCCACUCGGCACCGGAGCCACGGCCCCUCCUCCCUCGCGGGGCGGCAGGCGGCAGCUGAUCCCACCAGGACACUGGAGGAGGCCGGUGGCAGAUUAUCACACACGCUCCCUCUCACUUGACCAGUGCCUUGUUGCCGUGACGCCCAGCCACAGCGGGGCGGCACGGUGGACUCCAGCCUGUCAGCAGAUUGACCUGGAUCGACUGGACAUCGCUGCAGGACCCACCUCUACCAGUCUGUGAAACACCAGCCAGAGACGGGCAGCAGCACGACUGUCCUCAUCAGCAGCUCGGACAAAUGAAGCGGCCGCUGAAAUGGUGCCAAUCAACUGUGAAUAUUGUCAAACUCACAUAACGCAAAGAACCAUUAGUGCUUUUUUUAAACCAAUAGCACAGGGCGGAGGUGUUCAGGUACUAAAACCUGUCCCAGCUGCUCAGACAGAUAUUAGGACAGAAAAAAUGGUUUCUUCCUUAAAUUCUGUAAUUUAUAACAAGAUAUUUUUCAUGUUACAAUAACAAGCAAGUGGUUUUCUGGUUUUGUAAAAGCUUCACUAUAUAUUAAACAAUAAAGUAACCCACUUUUUUUGCUAAAACAAGAAUGUUGUGUGAAAUUUCAUGUUACAUGGAAGAUAUCUUGUUAUAACAUAUUGAGUUUUUCAUAAGUUGUCGUUUGGUACCAAUCUUUUCAUUUCCUUUACAUGUUUGGUUCACUAGCUCCUGUCACUUUCUAUCAGCAGCACAUUUGAGUUGUCUGUGUUGAUCAUAGUAUUCAUCAUAUCUGUAGCAGCAGAAGGCAAACUUCCUCCACCAGCAAAAUAAAUCAUGGAAAAAUUA